CCAUGCAUGAUUAUAGCGUUGGGUGUGUUUGACGGAAGCUAACUCUCUCUCCUGGCCUAACAAACACAGAUUAAUGUAAAAAGCUUUAGUAUUAUGUUGAGCCGGAUACUGACCUCUGUAUUGAAAACAUCAGACCAUUAUUACCCUAGAUUAGAAGAUGACACAAUGAAGAUGGAACUGGAUUACAGAAAAUCACUUUGAGGCCUAAGCAACAACAUUUUCUAUUUGGAAAGUUAAAUCAUUUUCAGCAACAUGGCCGACUAUGAAGUGUCUGUUCAACAGCUCAAUGAUUUGUUGACAGAUGAAAACGGAGACUUCUGUAUGCCCUCCAAUCAUUUUAAUGAAGUCUACCCCGGGAUACUGCUAGGAAAUGAGUCUGUAGCCACAAAUGUAACACAUUUGAAUCAGCUGGGAGUGACACACAUCCUCAAUGCGGCAGAAGGCCAAUCGGACAUGCAUGUGAACACGAAUGCAGAGUUCUACGCAGACACGGGGAUCAUCUAUCAUGGGAUACCAGCCUUUGACACAGACCAUUUUGACCUCAGUGUAUAUUUUGAAGAGGCUUCUAAUUUCAUUGAAAAAGCUUUGGCAAUGAAAGGUAAAGUGUACGUACACUGUCAGAAAGGCUACAGUCGUUCGGCUGCACUAGUCAUCGCACACCUGAUGCUGCAGCACAGGAUGGGUGUUCGAGCGGCUUUGGCCACAGUUAGAGAGAAACGGGAGAUCGGACCCAAUGAUGGAUUCCUGCGCCAGCUCUGCAAGCUAAACGAUUGUCUGGAAAGCGAAGGAAGACCGCGGCACUAAAAUGAAUCUGUAUUUUUAUUAGCUAACUGAUAUUAGUUGGCAAGUCAAUUGGUAAGCAGUUUGCCAAUUGGAAUGGUUGUGUUCUGCAUUUCUAAUGUGUCUUCUGCCCUCUAGUGGUACUGUUUAUCAGAGCAGUUUAGGCAGAGUAUAUGACAAUAAUUACAGUUUUCUUCCAAAUAACUACAUAAUCAAACACAAGAGGUCUUCACAACGGACAACAAUCAUUUAUUAAACAUUUUAAAGUGAAAAGUAGCACACAUACCUGAGUUACACUGAAAUCCCUCCCACAUUUUCUGCUUUCAUCGGCUUGUUGUACAUUUUAAUAUAUUGUGAUUGUAUAGCUGCAAAUAGAACUUUCCAGUCUCUUAACAUCCAUUACAGGUUGCUACAUGACAUAGUUUCAUAGGAUAAUGUACAAUGCUACAAAGGAUGAUUUAACAGCAAUUCUGCUCUCUGGACUAGAUCGUGCGCCACUGACUCGUAGAGAAAGAGCCAUUAGCAUGGUUAGCGUAAAGCACAUCGAUUGUGCUUCACGAGCAAGAAAAAGACAAACGUGAGCAAGCAUCACUGUCUUUGUCAUUAUAUUGAGCUAUUUAUGGUAGAGAGAUUGCAAAUAAAAGCACUGUUAAAAUACAACAAUGCACAUAAUGUACACAUCA